GGCAGCUUCCCGGGGCGCUCCCUGCUGCCCCGCGCUUCUGCGGGGGUCCCUUGGUACCGCGCGCCGGUGCCGAACCCUGUGGCGGUCGGGCAGGUCCCGGUGCCGCCGUGCGCGGCCGCCCUGCCUGGUCGCGCUGUGCGGCCGUGCCCCUGAAGCUUGCGCGUGUCCUGGCCGGGGAGCGGGGCGCGAGGGACGCGGCUGUGCCGGGCGGGCGCUGCGCAGGGUUGGCGGUGCGCACGAUGGGCGGCCACGCGUCCGGCGCAGCGCUGGCGGGGCAAAGCGCGCACGCAUGUUCCCUGGAGGGCUUGGCAAGCAGGAAUCGGCGGUAAAAGGCUGGGGAACCGGUCGUUCAUCUCACUGCGCCCGUCGAUCGAAGUCGUUCCUACUUUUGUCCUCUUAGGCUUCACGUAGCAUCCAUGAAGAUCGAAACUGAAUUCCUGAGCUGACUUCCUGAGCCGCGGCCACAGCCUUUGGGUGAGGAGUCUCGGCAGGAAGAUGAGCGCCGCCAACUCGCAGGACGAUGAAGAUACCUUUAAAAUACUUAUUGCUACUGAUAUUCAUCUUGGGUAUUUGGAGAAGGAUCCAGUGCGUGGAAAUGAUACAUUUGUAACUUUUAAUGAAAUUCUGGAUCAUGCUCAAAAAAAUGAAGUGGACUUUAUUUUAUUAGGUGGAGAUCUUUUUCAUGACAAUAAGCCUUCCAGAAAAACAGUACACUCCUGUUUGGAGUCAUUAAGAAGACACUGCAUGGGUGAUCGUCCGGUUCAGUUUGAGAUUUUGAGUGAUCAGGCUGUUAAUUUUCAUUCUAGCAAGUUCCCAUGGGUGAAUUACCAGGAUGAAAACCUCAACAUUUCUAUUCCCAUUUUUAGUAUUCAUGGCAAUCAUGAUGAUCCCACAGGGGCAGAUACAUUGUGUGCGUUGGAUAUUUUAAGCUGUGCAGGAUUGUUGAAUCACUUUGGACGUUCAACGUCUGUGGAGAAGAUAGAUAUUAGUCCCAUUUUAUUGCGUAAGGGUAGGACAAAAAUCGCUCUGUAUGGCUUAGGAGCUAUUCCAGAUGAGAGAUUGUAUCGGAUGUUUGUCAAUAAACGGGUAACCAUGCUGAGACCAAAGGAGGAUGAAGAUAGUUGGUUUAACUUGUUUGUGAUUCAUCAGAAUAGGAGCAAACAUGGAGCUACCAACUACAUUCCAGAGCAGUUUUUAGAUGACUUUAUUAAUCUUGUCGUGUGGGGUCAUGAACACGAGUGCAAAAUAGCUCCGUGCCAGAAUGAACAGCAACGUUUCUAUGUUUCUCAGCCAGGAAGUUCAGUGGUGACAUCUCUGUCCCCUGGAGAAGCUGUGAAGAAACACAUUGGUUUGCUGCAUGUUAAAGGGAAAAAAAUGAAAAUGCAAAAGAUCCCUCUAGAGACAGUGCGAACUUUCCACAUGGAGGAUAUUGUUCUGGCUGAUCAUCAAGAUCUCUUUAAUCCUGACAAUCCUAAAGUAACUCAGGCAAUACAAGCAUUCUGCAUGGAAAAGAUUGAAUUGAUGCUGGACAGUGCAGAGAGAGAACGCCUGGGGAAUCCCCGCCAGCCAGAGAAGCCGCUCGUCAGAUUGCGAGUUGAUUAUGCAGGUGGCUUCGAACCUUUCAGUGUCCAUCGUUUUAGCCAGAAGUACAUGGACAGGGUGGCAAACCCAAAAGACAUCAUCCACUUUUUCAGGCAUCGUGAACAGAAAGAGAAAAAUGAGAACGAUCUUAAUUUUGGAAAACUGGUUAGCAGACCUGCUUCUGAGGGGAUGACACUGAGGGUGGAAGACCUUGUAAAGCAGUAUUUUCAGACAGCAGAGAAGAAAGUACAGCUUUCACUUCUGACUGAAAGAGGAAUGGGAGAAGCAGUGCAGGAGUUUGUGGACAAAGAGGAAAAAGAUGCCAUAGAAGAACUGGUGAAAUUUCAACUAGAAAAAACACAGAGGUUUCUAAAGGAGCGUCGCACUGAUGCAGAGGAGGACAAAAUAGAUGAGGAGGUGCGAAAAUUCAGGGAGAGCAGAAAGAAGAAUACCAAAGAAGAGGAUGAGGAAGUUCGUGAGGCAAUGACCAGGGCUAGAGCCCAGAGAUCUGAGGAUGCGGUUCUUGUCGUGGCCUCCAGUGACGAGGAACUGAUGGAUACAGGGAUGAAAGGCACUGCUGAUUCAGAUGAUGGCCUUCCUGCAACACUGAGCCGACGAAGGAGUGGGGCAAGAGGUAGGGCAAGAGGUGCAAGAGGACAAAAUUCAACGACAAGAGGUUCAUCUCGAAGGGGAAGAGGAAGCACUAGCCAAGAGUCAGCUACUAGCAGCAGAACCUACAAGCCUGUAUCUGUGCCUAACAAGAAUAAGACUAUCAUUGAUGCCUUUAGGUCUUUGAAACCAGAGUCCUCCUUGAAUUCAUCUAAAUCUUACUCUGAGGAUAUUGUAGAUGAUGACUCUGAUCUAGAAGACAUUUCUAUUGUUCCUUCUUCCAAAGCAAAGCAAAGGUUGUCGACUACAUCUUCAUGGAGUAAAAGAGGUUCCCAGAGCCAGACAUCUAGAGGAGUUGAUUUUGAGUCAGAUGAGGAUGAAUUUGAUCCGUUCAAGAGCACUGCAACAACAAGAAGAACUAAGUGAUUCCUGGCUCACCAUAGCAAGAGAGACUGUGGAAGUCAGCAAAGAAAAUGGAGAGCAGUUGGCGCGGCAUCCUCUGGGUGACAUUUCUCUGUAACUGCUGACUGGCCUUCAGUUUUCACUUCUACGAAAUGGUUUUGGCUCUUUUGGUUUUGAUUUUUUUUUUCCAGUGGCACCAAACCUGGUGUAGUGGGAUUUGUUAUAUGGGGGGUAAGGUGCUCAGAGAAUGGACUUUGUUUCUCAGAGAUCACAGUGGAUAGUUUUUGAAAAGUUACUUCUGGCUCGUGUAACUCCUGAUGCACGUGUCCCAGGAAGCCUCAGAGCCUCAGCAGGGCCUCAGUAGUGAAUGACAGCCUGUUCCCAGGGAAAUGGCAGAGGGAGGGGGGAUCCACACUCUGAUGUGUAUUUAGGGAAAGGGAAUAAAAAAAGAUGUUAUUCUUUU